UCCAUGUGCAAUGAAUUCAGUCUCCAUAACAACAGCCUAGUCCUUAUUGGUCCCAGGGAAUCCACACUCAGCCUCAUUUAGAUCGUGGGGGCCAUUUGGCUUCAAUGUCCCCCUUCUCAACUCCUUGUAUUUGACCUUAUCCCGAUCAUAGUAGUACUAUCAUUGUUGGCCAUACGAUUUCCAGUCUCGAUGCAGCUGAUAAUGAUGGGACGACGAAGAACCGGCGGGAAAAGGUCCCGGACCGGCUGCCGCACCUGCCGAGCUCGCCAUGUCAAGUGCGAUGAAACCCCAGGGGCAUGUCGUAACUGCACAUCUACCGGCCGACGCUGCGAGGGCUAUGAUCUUCAUCGGUUGCCGCUACAGGGGGGAAGGGGUAAAAAGGCUUCUACAAUACAAGUACAAGCGCUGAUUCGGAAUGGAUUUUCUUGGACGAUGACUUCGGAUGAACGACGGUGCCUUUCGUAUUUCCAAUACCACACCCUUCCCUCGCUUCUCGGGCUUUUUGGCUCCCCCCUCUGGGAGAAGCUUGUGUUUCAGGUUGGCCAGUCCGAGCCUGCGAUAUUCCAUGCAAUUGUUGCUUUGAGUGCAAUUCAUCAAGACUCUGAGGCAAGGGGGAUGCCAAUGUCUAUGGAAGAGCCGGAUAAUUCCUGGCAUCGAUUUUCUCUGGAGCAGUUGAGCCGUGCCUUCAAUCUAUUGAUCAAGCGGCGUACCUCUCAGGAUCCUCGGUUCUGCAAUGUCACCUUGGUUUGUUGCCUUCUUUUUGUUUUGUCGGAUUUGCUGCGCGGACACUACGACGACGCAUUUGUCCAUCUUCAAGGUGGUCUCGCUAUCCUACAAGAGCUGAAAGCCCAUCGACAACUAGUCGCCCCGAUGCCCCGUGAAGAGCUUGUAGAACAGUCACUCGUCGCCGCGUUUGCUCACUUGGAUAUUAUGUCCACCCACUUUGGAGUCGGAGGUCCGGUCCUCCGAAUAGAGAACGAGCUGGGCGACGGUCAAUCAGAGUGCGAUCCUACGAUGCCAUUCCAGACCCUUCAAGAUGCCCUCCGUGCCUUUGAACCUAACUUCAGCGCGAUCUUCCGAUUCAUUUCUCCUUGUAUGUACCUCCCGCCUGAGAAGAUUCAGUCGGACUAUGAGACUCUACACGUCCGCCAGAUAUAUCUUUGGUCUCGCUUUAACCAAUUUAUACGGAUGUUCAAACAAUUCUACUCGACCAUGUACGAUCAAUUGAGUCUCACGGACCAGAGAGGGGCCGACCUCAUUCAGAUAUGGAUCCUCGGCCUAAGUGUCUCAUUGAAGACGUGUCUCGUGGGUGGAGAUCUCACAGUUCUGCACUGCUACACGCCAGAGUACGAAAUGAUUGUCGCCCGCACGGAAGCAUUUCUCCAGAAGUAUCCGGAGCGCCCGACGAUUAGCAUCCAGUGUGGCAUUAUCCCGGCCGUAUUCCAUGCGGCGUUCGCCUGUCGAGAUUACACCAUACGAUGGCAAGCCAUCGAGCUUCUAUGGGCGUGGCCGCACCGUGAAGGGGUGUUUGAUUCAAACUGGUGUGCCUCGUUGGCGUGUCAGGCGCUGAAAAUAGAGCUGCUGGCGCUCUCUCAGAAGGGACAGGAUCCCCAUGCCCCAACCCCAAUUUUGACCAGCCGAACGAGCGAGCGUCUGUCAAUAGAAGAGGUAUUGGCUAGAAUUAACGAGCACCAACGACGCGUGCUUCUGUGCGAAAGGGGUGAUAUGGGCGAGGAGCCAUUCGACGAUAUCGAUUGCUCCCCCUUGGAUCUCAUUGAGACGGUUAAAUGCAUGUCGGGCUGGUCCUGUGUGCGAGCUUUUCAGGCUCAUGCUGCUAGAUUGGAUGCCUAAGUCACAUCUGAGGCUGAUAUAUGAAUAGCAAUAGUAAUAUGCAAGUGACGAAGAAGCGAAUGAUGUAGCCUGAUAUGUUCCAAAGAUAUCAUAUUAAAGUAUAUACGCGUAACUUGAAGUACCCUACUUGGGAAGACU